AUGUCUCUCAAUAUGCGCCAUUUUGUUACCUUAGCAGGACUCGUACUCUUGGGUGCUUUUGUCAAUGCUCAUUCCAAUAAUACCUUCGAGGGAAUGGAGAUUGUUGAUGCCAAGUGGAAUCUUGAGCUCACGCCCGGUGGUCAGGUUGUGAACCUUUCAGGCACUGUUGAACAAAUCUACCCUCAGCUUCUUGCACUUAACCCUACCUACGAGACAGACUGGGCUCAAAAUAGCGAGGUCAAUGUAUGGUAUGACAACUUUGUUGCUGAAGACGAGAAUGAAGGACAGACAGAAAACCCUGCUGGCUCCUUAUCGGUUAGAGGUCCACCAAAAGCAAAAGGUAGAGGAUACAAACUCGGAAAAUCCAGGAUUGAUCGCUGGCAUUGGAUUACUUGGCAACAGGCCAUCCCUAAAUGCAACGUUAGAAGGUGGGCUAUGUGCUAUGACAUCAAGAAGGGAUGCAAACACUUGGAAAGGGUCCAAGGAAGACCACAGCUUGAAGAUGGGAAAUGCAGUCAAAUGAGCUGUUCGAACAAAUCUGCUAUCAUCUGGUGCAAUGUAUCUGGAAAGACUUGGACUGUGCCCAGCUAUCGACAAAUUGCUCAAGGCGCCUGGAUGAUCUAUGAGCAGUGCCAGGAAAAGGAGCCGUACGCGUUCAAGGACCGUGGGGCACGUUGCUAUGUCCGUGGGAAAGUCUUUCCUUGGCAGAAGAAGUGGUUUGUCCAGGCUACUGCCGUGGAUUCUUGCUAA